AUGUCGGAGAAGCGAAAUAUACGAGAUCACAAACGUAGAUUGCUCGCGGCUAAAUAUGAAUUGAGACGAAAGCUUUAUAAAGCCCUUUGUAAAGAUCCCGAUCUUACUAGUGAUAUGCGGGACAAACAUCGUUCUAAGUUGUCCAAGUUGCCAAGAAAGAGUUCCUUUGCACGAGUAAGAAACCGAUGUAUUUACACGGGUCGCCCUCGUUCCGUAUAUGAUACAAAUUUCUCGUAUCGUUUUUCGUGGAUUAGCAUCUCGAGAUCCUUUGAUGGGCAUAAAGAAAUCGUCUUGGUAGCAACCACCAAACCAAGAGAACAAGGGUUAGCUCCGCAGCAGGUCUACAAGCAAG